UAAACUCACUUUCCCAUGAACUCUUGCGUACUUUACGUCUUUGUGCGUCAACUCCCCAGUCCCCCCCACCAUCGCCGCUCUACAGAGGAAGAAAGGGGGAGACGGGAAACCUAUUCUGAACGCUUUCACACAAAUAUGAGCGGCAGCGGGCGGGCCAGGACCAGCUCAUUCGCUGAGCCUCCCGGAGCUCCCGGAUCUGCUGCAGCCGGUGCCGGAUCAUCAGUACCCGGCGGAAGCUUGACAGGAAAGACUGGGGCUUCACAAGCAGGUGGAAGCAGCUCUACGAGCUUUGGAAAUUUGAAAUUGCCUAGAGACAGUGGAAAAGUGACAACAGUGGUAGCCACACCCGGACAGGGCCCUGACCGCCCACAGGAAGUGUCCUACACCGACAUAAAGGUUAUAGGAAAUGGUUCCUUUGGAGUGGUGUACCAGGCACGCCUCAUUGACACGCAAGAGAUGGUGGCCAUUAAGAAAGUCCUCCAAGAUAAAAGAUUUAAGAAUAGAGAGCUGCAAAUUAUGAGGAAAUUGGACCACUGUAAUAUUGUGAGGCUACGCUAUUUCUUCUAUUCCAAUGGAGAGAAGAAGGACGAGGUUUACUUGAAUCUUGUGCUGGAUUUUGUCCCAGAGACCGUGUACAGGGUGGCCCGGCACUUCAAUAAGGCCAAGACCACGAUUCCCAUCAUCUAUGUUAAGGUGUAUAUGUACCAGCUGUUCCGCAGCCUGGCUUAUAUUCAUUCCCAGGGCGUGUGUCACAGAGACAUAAAGCCGCAGAACCUGCUGGUGGAUCCAGAGACGGCGAUUCUCAAGCUCUGUGACUUUGGCAGUGCGAAACAGCUAGUUCGAGGGGAGCCAAACGUGUCCUAUAUUUGCUCACGGUACUAUCGUGCCCCGGAGCUCAUUUUUGGCGCCACUGACUACACCUCCAACAUUGACAUCUGGUCAGCCGGGUGUGUGUUGGCGGAGCUGCUGCUAGGCCAGCCCAUCUUCCCCGGGGACAGCGGUGUGGACCAGCUCGUAGAAAUCAUAAAGGUUUUGGGGACUCCAACAAGGGAGCAGAUCCGGGAAAUGAAUCCUAACUACACAGAGUUCAAAUUCCCACAGAUCAAGGCGCAUCCAUGGACAAAGGUCUUUAAGCCUCGAACCCCACCAGAGGCCAUUGCCCUCUGCUCCCGCCUGCUGGAGUACACACCAGUAACCAGACUGUCUCCUCUGGAGGCAUGCGCGCACGCCUUCUUCGACGAGCUGCGCCAGCCUAACACUCGCUUGCCCAGCGGACGAGAACUGCCGCACCUCUUCAACUUCAGUUCUAUCGAGCUUUCUAUCCAGCCGCCGCUGAACUCCGUACUCAUUCCUCCUCACGCCCGUGCACAGACAUCACCUGCCUCACAUGAGGGCAGCGUGUCAGACAGUACCGCCCAGCCAGGCUCAGCUCCUGGAUCCAUCAACAAUAGCACCUGAGCACUAGUCCCUCUGUCAUGUCCUCUGUUGUCUUCACUGUCCUCUUUCUCUUCCCUCUGUUCCCCUCCCUCUCAGCCUCCUCCUCGGCUCCAAGCGUCCGAAACAGAAACACAAUCACGUAAACACGCAUAACUGCUACGUUGCCUAAAUGUUCACCACUUUCAACAGAAAGCAGCACCAGCAGCUGCUGGCCUCAGGAAGCUGUGGUUUGUUUUCAUCACAUUUUGGUAGCUGCACUUGGGAGUGUAACAUAAGCUGCACCUUUAAAUCUUCGUUGUCCCUCGUGUGGCGCUUUAGGAUAAAUAUUCUUUUCGCUGGUUGAGUAGGAUGCUGGGAAAUGUUGUACAUUCUUUGUGGAUAAUGUUUUUUGUGUCCUCAGAAACUGACUUUUAUUCCUAUUUAAGUUCCUUUUUAUUUGCUUUAAUUUUAUUUAUGGCCGCGGUGGCGUUGAAUUGAAUUGUGGCUGGCUGUGGAGAACUGAGGCCGCGUGAAAGGCCAGUCCAUAUUGACAAUCAUCCUUAGAAAACCCUCACUCGUGUUGUAGGUCAUGUAGGUGGCUGUUGCUUCCUGCCCAAAACUCUGCCCCAAAAGUGACAGUUCAUCACUGGAGAGCAGAUGGGAAAAGAUGUUUUAAUCUCGUUGUCUGAUACAAGACAGGACAGGCCUUUUAGAUGAGGUUUUAAAUUUUAUUGUAAAAAAUCACCACUGCUUGUUCAUUUUUUUUGUUUUUUUCUUGGCUCCAUAGUUGCCUUUUAUGUGAACGGGGGGAGCUUUAUAUAAGCAGAGUGCACACUUUUGUCCUAAUGUUAGUAGUUAAGCUGGAAACCCAGUGUUUCAUGUUUGAAGAGAGGAUUGCACAUCUCCAAACGGAGUGGAAGGAAGCAGGUGACGGUCCAGCUCGUGCACGGUUAGAUGCUGUCAGCUCGCGGGGGGAGGAGCCUCUGAUUAUGUCACUUUACAAUGUUGCAUUUCACAUCAUGUUCAAGAAUGACACUGUCUGCAGAGGAGCUUCUGCACACCUAAGUUAAUGUUGCAUCAACUGUGAAGUUUUCUUUGGUUGGGAGCGGAUUCUCCCGAUGCCCCUGUGAAUCCAGGCAGCUCCUCGUCUCAUCUUCUUCGGUUCGAUCGUACUUUUCCUGAAUGAUUCACCAACCGGCUGCUGUCGGCCCCGACUGAUAUCAGUUCUUCCAAAACGUAAUUGUGCAUAUUCAGAGAAAGCUGACGCCGCGAAUGUCGGUAACGAUUUGACCAGACAUUAUGCUGAAACACAACUGCUUUCGGAGCCUCCCCGCCCAUCCCAUUCUUCCUCAUCUUCAUCCCUCUGCCUCCUGCUUUCCUCUCUCCUCCUCCUUUUUUUCACAGCUAAACUGUAAAUAUCAAGUAUCUUAUUUUGUUAUUUUUAUUAUUAUUAUUAUAUUGUUGUCCUUGUAAUUUUCUUUGCUGUAGUAGACCGGCACCACAGUUGUUGGACUGUUAAUCCUCAGUCGCAGUCUGUAAAUAAGAUUUCAUUUCAGUCCCUCGUUCGGGGGGGCAAAGCAGAACAAAAUGUUUUCAUUUAAAUUCUCUCUCCCUUCAUUUCUCCCAUAAAGACGUACCCUUUCCCCCGUUUAUGUUUUCAUGUUUUAUUUAUUGUACUGUGUUUUUUGGGGGGGUUGGAAGGGAUCUUUUUCAUUAGGUUAGGUGUGUCACAUCUGCAGUACUGUACUCAGAUCCAGAUGUUUCAGUCAUAGCUGUGCAGAUGUUCAUCUCCUGGGACUUUACCUUUAAGCUUGAGGAGCGUUACAGACCUGUGGAUCUGUAGGGUCCUUGCUUUUGUGGGUUGGGGGGGGCAUUGGAUUUCAUUCACUCAAAGAUAAGCUUUUUUUCUCUCUGCAGGAAAUCUAUGUUUGUACAUAGAUUGAGGGUUUAUUAAACCUUCUUCAACUUUAAAUUAUUGUUUCUAAUCGCCUUUUUCUGAGUAAAUUGUCAUUGCUGAGAGCAUUAAAAUUUGAUAAGAGAUAAAGAUGGAGGGAUGGAGGGAGAGAGACAGUUUUUGUUUGUUGGUAUAAAUAAUUAAACUCAAUAAUAAAGCAAA